AUGACGUGCGGCAUAUCGUGUGUCGAUAAGACACUAAACAAAUCAUUUUACCAUCUAGGAAUAUGCAUAGCCAAGCAUCCUGGAUACUUUAUCAUCAUCCCGGUGCUGCUGACGCUGCUCUGCAUGACGGGAUACCAGCAGCUAAAGUAUCAAAUCGAUCCCGAGUAUCUAUUCUCGCCGAUUGCGGGGGAGGGCAAGACUGAGCGUGCCAUUGUUGAGCAAUACUUCAAAGUUAAUUAUACGCAUCGUUUCAACGUCGGACGCAUAACGAGACCCGGUCGUUUCGGGCGAGUCAUUGUGAUAACGAAAGAUGGCGACGAGAAUAUGAUAAGGCGCGAGGUGUUUCAGGAACUGCGACAGCUGGACAAUCUUAUCCAGAAUGCCACCACCACUUACGAUGGGGAUACGUACACCUACAAGGACAACUGUGCCCGCUGGGAGAACGAGUGCUUCGAGAACGAUAUUCUCAACCUGGAUGCGAUUAUGGAUGAUAUCGAAGCUGGUCAGCUGAAUUUGACUUUUCCCUUCAUGUUCAAUCCAGUCACGUGGGAUGCCCACCUGUUUCCCGUCUUCUUUGGCGGCACCAAGCUAACCGAGGACAAUCAUGUGAUCAGUGUUCCCGCUAUACAGUUAGUGUAUUUCGUCACGGCAGACACCAAACGUCAGGAUGCCAAGGGUGCCGAAUGGGAGGAGACCUUCCUAAGGGUGGUUGGCAAUGCUGAGGACUCGGGCCGUUUCAAGCACAUCUCCGUCUCGUAUUUCGCCUCCCGGACUUUGGAUCACGAGCUCGAGAAGAAUACAAAGACAGUGGUGCCCUAUUUUAGCUCAACUUUUCUGCUAAUGGGUCUCUUCAGCAUCAUCACCUGCAUGAUGGGCGAUGCAGUUCGUUCGAAACCCUUCUUGGGUCUCAUGGGCAAUGUAUCGGCCAUUAUGGCCACCCUGGCUGCUUUUGGCCUGGCCAUGUAUUGCGGCAUAGAGUUUAUUGGCAUCAAUCUUGCUGCCCCAUUCCUGAUGAUCGGCAUUGGCAUUGAUGACACUUUUGUAAUGCUGGCUGGUUGGCGACGCACCAAGUCCAAAAUGCCGGUGGCCGAACGCAUGGGUCUCAUGAUGUCCGAGGCGGCGGUUUCGAUCACCAUCACUUCGGUCACCGACUUCAUUUCGUUCCUGAUCGGCAUCAUCAGUCCCUUUCGAUCGGUUAGGAUCUUCUGCACGUACUCGGUGUUCGCCGUCUGCUUCACGUUCCUGUGGCACAUCACUUUCUUCGCCGCCUGCAUGGCCAUUUCGGGCUACAGGGAGCGAAAGAAUUUGCAUUCCAUUUUCGGCUGCCGGGUCCAGCCCAUGUCGGUUGCAAUUAAAGAGAAGCGCAACUUCCUCUACAAGGCGAUAAUGGCGGGUGGCAUCGACCCCAACGACCCGGACAACCCCAUCGACAACAAGGACCACAUGCUGAUGGCGUUCUUCAAGGACAAGCUGGCCGCAGUGAUUAACAACAAGUGGUGCAAGGCGAUCAUCAUCUUGGCCUUUGCCAGUUAUCUGGUGGGAGCCUGCUACGGAAUAACCCAAAUUAAGGAGGGCCUCGAAAGGCGAAAGCUCUCCCGGGAGGACUCGUACUCGGUGGAGUUCUUCGAUCGCGAGGACGAUUACUACCGCGAAUUUCCAUACAGAAUGCAGGUCAUAAUUGCAGGUCCUCUGAAUUACUCGGAUCCCAUUGUGCAGGAACAGGUGGAGAAUCUGACUAGCACCCUGGAGCACACCUCGUAUGUGACGUCUAGACGGUACACAGAGUCCUGGCUGCGGUCCUUCCUCUCCUUCCUGGAGCGCAACAACGAGUUACUCAAUGUGACGGUGGACGACGAGCAGACCUUCAUUGAUGCGGUGAAGGAGCACUGGCUAUUCCCCGGCAAUCCCUUCUCACUGGACGUGCGCUUCAACGACGAUGAAACGCAAAUCAUUGCCUCAAGAUUUCUCAUCCAGGCGGUUAACAUCACGGAUACCAAUCACGAAAAGGAGAUGGUGCGGGAUCUGCGACAGAUUUGCAAGGACUCGCCCCUGAAUGCCUCGAUAUUCCAUCCCUACUUCGUGUUCUUCGACCAAUUUGAGCUGGUGCGACCGGUUUCACUGCAGGCCAUGGUGAUCGGGGCCAUCAUCAUGAUGAUCAUCUCGUUUGUCUUCAUACCGAAUAUCCUGUGCUCCUUGUGGGUGGCCUUCUCGGUCAUUUCCAUCGAACUAGGCGUCGCUGGAUAUAUGGCCUUGUGGGACGUUAACCUGGACUCCAUUUCGAUGAUCAACCUGAUCAUGUGCAUUGGCUUCUCGGUGGACUUCACCGCCCACAUCUGCUACACGUAUAUGUCGUCGAAGAAGCGCAGUCCGAAGGCUCGGGUCCGCGAGGCUCUUCACUCGCUCGGCCUGCCGAUUGUCCAGGGUUCCAGCUCCACCAUCCUGGGCAUUGUGGCCCUCUUGCUGGCCCAGAGCUACAUCUUCCUGGUCUUCUUCAAGAUGGUCUUCCUCGUGAUCUUCUUCGGCGCCAUGCACGGACUCUUUUUGCUGCCUGUUCUCCUCUCGCUCUUUGGACCCGGCUCCUGUCUCACCUGGACUGGAAAAGACGAUGGCAGCGAUGCCGAGGUGGACGACAGCCUGGACGAGCGGCAGCUGGAGAAGCCCUUCUCGCAGUCCUACUACAUGCAAUACCCCACCAUGGGCAUAAAUGGACCCUACGGCACCAAGGGCUUUAUGGGCGCUCCGUACAAGGCGUAUGGCGUGGACGAGAAAGAUCUGGGACUGGGCACGUCGGGCGAGGACUCCUCGGAGAGCAGUUCGAGUCGAUCGCAGCGUCGUCAGCAACAGGCUGCUGCCAUCACCGCCGAGGAGGAGGUGGUCGUUCGGGAGUCACCACGUCGGCGGUACGAAGAGGAAUGUUGGCGUCGCUCCUCCUACCAGAAUAUCUACGGCCAGGGUGCAGCGCAGUUCCAGGCCCAGCCCGAUCUCUAUGGCCAGCAGGUUUCGGCGGCCGAGUGGCGCCAGCGCCUGGACAAACACGAGCAGCAGCAGCGCCAGCGACAGCGAAGGAAUCCCUACGAUAGCUAUCACCAGGAUAAGGAUCUGGAUAUGGAGAUGCAGAGGGCGCGGCGCAAUUCGCACGGCGAUGUAAUCGAUAUGCAUGGUGGAACGCCCAAUUCCUCCGCAGACGAACGGCUGCGCAGGGAGCCCUUCAGUGCGGGCAGCGGUGAUGAUAGCAGUUAUCGACAUCCAUCAGGAGUUGUUCCCCCAGCGAAGCGGUAUCACCGACGACGCUCCUCGGAGGAUUCAACUCAUCGCCAUCAGCGUUGGCCGGCAAACAUCGAGGAACGGAGGGCGCGACGCACCCAUUCACCUGCCCAAAAUCGCCCAGAGACUGCCACGCCUAGUUACGCCUACCGCUCCUCAUCGCACCACAAUCUCUACCAGCCGAACGGGAAGGGAUCCAAGCAUCCGCCCACCUACCAGUAUGGCGACUACUUCCAGUGAGGGAGAUUCCUAAUAUAUAUAUAUAUAUAUAGAGAAGUGGGUGGGUGGGUCAACCGUUUAGGAGAGAUUUACCAAAAAGUGAAGUAGUAUCUGGACAAUCACUAGCCCUAUAUUUGACUUUGAUUUUACUUUGCAGAACAGCCAACUUAAAAUGCCUCAGGAUUGUCCAUAUAUUACUUUCUGAAUCAUUUUGGUAUUUAAGUUUUGUGGCAUCUAUUGCAAUCAACCCAUCCAGGUAGCAGAGCAAAUUGUCUUGUCAAACGAUAUUUAGGUUACGCAUCUGUUUCUGUCUUCACUUUUCCUAAG